AGAGGUAAAUCCAAGAUUGUAACCGACAGCAAAGAUCCUAUAAGAUCUUUGACCGACAGCGCUCAGUCUGUAUCGCAGUUUCUCCGCCGUUGCUGCCCAGCGCGCCCCUUGACUCGGGGGUGACUCGGUGCAGCGUGGAGUCGGCGCCCGUUGAGCAGAGGGGAUAUGCGGCGCUCUAUCGGGAAGGUGGAUGGUCUGAUGUGGCUGCUGUGGCUGCUGGCAGGCCUCCACACUGCGGCGCUGUGCAGAGCAGGAACGGCAGCCACCGCGGGCUCCAUCACCACCGUCCCCGUGGGUGGAACGGUGAUGUUCCCCAUCCUACAUCACAGCCAGGAGAGGUUCGAGGUAGCGAUGGGGCGGGUCCAUCCCGAUCUUGCAAUCCUGGCCUGGAAGUCUGACAGCCCGGAGUAUCCAUACAUGGUGCGCCAGUCCUACAGGAACAGGGUCCGCUUCCGACGGGACACCUUCAUCGAGCUGCGGGCCGUGAGGCCGGGUGACCAGGGGACGUACGAGGUGCAGACAAACUACUUGGGGAAGGAGCUGAGGGACCGUGACCGGGAGCACUUUGAGCUGCGAGUGAUCGGCCUCCACACUGCGGCGCUGUGCAGAGCAGGAACGGCAGCCACCGCGGGCUCCAUCACCACCAUCCCCGUGGGUGGAACGGUGAUGUUCCCCGUCCUACAUCACAGCCAGGAGAGGUUCGAGGUAGCGAUGGGGCGGGUCCAUCCCGAUCUUGCAAUCCUGGCCUGGAAGUCUGACAGCCCGGAGUAUCCAUACAUGGUGCGCCCGUCCUACAGGAACAGGGUCCACUUCCGACGGGACACCUUCAUUGAGCUGCGGGCCGUGAGGCCGGGUGACCAGGGGACGUACGAGGUGCAGACAAACUACUUGGGGAAGGAGCUGAGGAACCGUGACCGGGAGCACUUUGAGCUGCGAGUGAUCGAGCCAAUGUCCACACCGACCGUGGAGGUCAGCCACAACUCGUCGCAUCUCACGCUGAACUGCUCCACCACCAGCGGCUGCCCCGUCACCUACCGGUGGGAGCGGCGAUCGCAGGAUCCCGGCGUGGGGAACGCCACCUUCCCCGGAGCCGUGCUGUACCUGCAGCACCCGGGGCAGCACAUCUGCGCCUACAGCUGCGUCGCAGAAGAUUGCUGCAGCAGCCGUGCAGUCCCUGCAAUGCUGCACUGCAACGCCCAGCCCAGAGGGUCCAUGAGUCGUUGGGUGAUCGUUCUCUCCGUGGUCCCUUCUCGCUGUGAUCCUUCUCACUGUUGCCGUGCUGGGAGUCCGGGCAUCGAAUCUCCGCAGAAACCAUGCUGAACAAGGUGGGACCGGGAAAGUUGCAGAGUGUGGACCGGUGUACGUGGGGGUCACAGUGCACCCAGUCGCUGGGUGAUGGGGAACGAGUUUGCUGCUGUCCCAUCUCUGUGGCAGAUGUGAGUCCCCUGUCCCUGGUUCCAGAGACCCCCAGCCUGACACUGUGGGGCCGUGUAGGGGGAGGGGAGAUCACUGGACAGAUGAAGACUACAGGAUGUAUGAACUAUGAGGAAUUGAGGACCAUGGCCACCAACAAACCGUGAUGUCACCGAUUGGGGGUUUGAAGAUUCUGUCUGUGUUCUCCGUCUAUUUGUCUGUCUUUUCUCUGUAUUCUGUUUUAUUCCUAACGCAGUACAAUGUCCGUGCCGAACAUGAUGCCUUCAGACUUUAGAAUCACAGUGUUAAAUUUUAAAAGAUUAAUAUGUGAAUGACUUGUAAAAUAUACCAUCAACCUGAACAAAACUUGAUACAACACACCACAGGACAAUGGUGAUUAAGGUGGUCCAAAAUUGUAGCGCUAUCAUGUACCGUUUUGGAGUUUCAGGAACUCCGCACAGACAGACAUAGAAACAAACAAGAUGAGAGUUUUAGUAAUAUUUAGAUGUGUGGGUAAGUUUUACUUUGUUACAAAGUGAUGGGGGCCCGGAACGCGUGGUCGAGGGUGGUGGUGGAGGCAGAUAUGAUAGUGGAGGUUUACAGGCACAUGGUUAUGGGGGGGGGGGGGGGAUGUGGAUCAUGUACAGGCAGAUGUAAUGAGGUUAUUUUGGCAUCGUGUUCAGAAUGUUGUACUUUUCUAUGUAAGAAUCUUGUGGUAAACUUUACCAAAGUCUAUAUAUACAACAUCUAUCCAAUCCCCAUUGACUAUUGUUGCAUUUGGUGCUCUUUGGGAAAGUGUAAUUCAUACAGUCUGACUAUUGAUGCUAUGGAUGUUUGUUCUGCAUGUUUUAGUGCAGCUUGUGAUGACAUUGUAACAUACGCUUUGUACAUAUUAAAUCAGAUUUAUUUUAACACCUGCUGCCUGACAUGUCAGCCCCUGUCUGAUGUAACAAAGGCCAUUGGUGUUGGUUUAUUGUUGUAUGUGUACAGGGAUCCAGUGACAAACUCCUGUCUCUGUGAUAGCCAGUUAAGUACAACAGGCAGGACUGACAUAUGUUGGAAGAAUGCUGGGCUUUUAUUCACUGGAAUUUAGAAGGAUGGAAUCUUAUAGAAACGUGUAAAACAGGCUAUCGACAAUAGGUACAGGAGUAGGUCAUUUGGCCCUUCGAGCCAGCACCGCCAUUCAAUGUGA